AUUCAGACUACUUGCAGUUAAUGAGUCGCUGACAGCAUAAAGAUACACAUGAAAGCUAGAAAUGCCUUGCAGGGCAUGUAAGAGAGCAUUGCAGAAGAGCAGGAGUUAAUGUCUGGUUACCAGGAAGGACCGGUAGUUAUGUUGUAGUUCAAAGUGGGAGUAUCUUAGACGUGUCUUUAAAGAAACUCGUAAAAAAACUGUCCCAGCAGCCAAUCGGUGAGGAACUUGCAUACUGGCGGCUCAAUGUAUCAAGUUAAAGGAUGAUCCUGGGAAUGACUUUCUACAAGGGAACAGCCCAGAAGGACUUUGCUGUGGCCAAUAGCAUACAAUGCAGGAGUUGUUUAAAUUUGAAAGACUCAUAAAGGCAGUGAUGAACGUGCAGAAAUGGACCUUAGUAGUUUUUAACUAAGACCCCAGUAACAAAGUUGAGCUAUUGGGACAGUAGCAACAUGGCUGCUUCACAGUGUCUGGAUGACUUUCCUUUUAGCAAUCCAUGGUUUGCAACAAAAAAUGAAUUGGGGUGGCAAGAAUUUUACAAUGAAAAACAUCGGCUAGCGCUGGAGGAGUUAGUAGACAAAGGCGAGGGUGCUUUCUUUGACUUUCUGAAGCAGGAGAAAGUAGCCAACUUUCUUUCGGAUGAAGAAAUUCAGACAAUCCUGAAACAAGCUGUAAACCCCUUACUAUCUGAAGAUGGGUUUGAUCAAUCGCUGAAUGCGUCUCUAGACUGCUCAUCUGUCACUUAUUUUCCCGAACAGUCCGACGUGGAACCACCGGUGUUGGAAAUAGGGUGGCCAGCAUUUGCUACGACCCGCUGCUAUCGGGGGGUAACCAAGGCCGAGGUGCAUUUUCAGCCUAGCUUUGGGGAGUCUAUUUACAGCUGUAAAGAAGCGGUGCGUAAGCUUAUCAAAGGUGCAAAAGAGGUAAUUGCUGUAGUUAUGGACUCUUUCACGGACAUAGACAUCUUCAAAGAUCUUCAGGAAGCAAUCAACAAAAGAAGAGUCUGUGUUUAUAUUCUUCUGGAUCAAGCAUGUGUUCCACAGUUUUUAAAAAUGUGCAAAACUCUGGGAGUUGUUCUUGAGGAACAGAGGUACAUGAGGGUUCGGACCAUCACGGGAGGUGUUUAUUGUACCAGAUCAGGAACAAAGAUUGUUGGGCAAGUUCAUGAAAAAUUUAUGUUGGUUGAUGGCCUCAGAACUGCUACAGGGUCCUAUAGCUAUACUUGGAGUGAUGGAAAGUUAAACAGCAGCACCCUGACAGUUCUGUCCGGCCAAGUAUGUGAGCAUUUUGACAUGGAGUUUAGAGUUCUUUAUGCACAGUCGAAGCCCAUAAACCCAAAGGCUUACUUAUCUUACAGAGGUGGUGCCACUUGUGAGCAGGAAGUGAAGAAAACUACGGAGACUGGGCAGAAUCUCUUGAAGCCAGAGGCCAGUCUGAGUGCUAGUACACCAUGCAAUACUCCAUGCAAGCCUCCAUCUGUAACAGAGCUGCCCCCUGAUGUUGAAACCAAAGCUUUAGAUGCCUGCAUUUCUGAAACGUCUACUAUUGGGGAUGAUGCUCCUCAGAUUGCAGCCCUGCUGGAAAGUGAUUUUCUUGACUCUAAGGUGACCAAGAACAUGUGUACGCAAACUGACAUGCAAGACUUCAAACCUAAUCCUCUAACUGACUCUUCUACACAAACAACAACUGAAGUAAUACCAAAAUCAACUCAAACUGCAGUUGUGGUAAAAGACAGUACGACACAGACUAUAACUGUUUCAAGAGCGAUAAUGACCCAGACAGAUUGUGUAGGAAGUUUGUUGGUUCCACCAGCUGCUGCUGUAUCAUCACUUCCCAAUAUUUUCAUUCCCAAGCCUCUAUCAAAGGAUAGUGGGAUAUGUAGCACUAAAAGUUCGCUUUCCUCCACAAAAUCAGAACUUGUGAAGAAUAGUACUAUUUUUACUACAACCGCCACUACCACAACUAAUAGGUAUUGUAAAUACCAAACAAUCCAGAAACCAGAUUAUUCCUUGAGAGAUUGCUUUAAGAAGCUAACAAAGGAGCGACAAUACCAUUAUUCUGUUGUACGAUCAAAGCUUGACCACAUGGUUGCACUACUUUCUAAGCGAAGGUACCAGAAUGAUGCAAUUUGCUGGCGUAAUGCUCCAAGUAGGUCAAGCUUGAGGAGGAGGAAUGAGAUUACUACAGAUUUGAUGGGCUUCAGAGAUGUCGCACACAUUACCACCUUCCAUGUUAAAAAGUGACUAUGCUGUGGGUACCUAAAAUGCUGUGCAUGAGGCCUUUGGGUUAAGGCUGUCACUGUUAACGGUGCGAAUACUUGAGCUGCUUGUAGUGUGUCUCUGGCACCAGUACCAGCAAUAAGGUUGGCAGCUCGUUACAUAGUGUUUUGCCUUUGCAGAGUUUUAUUCUCUGUAGUCUAUGCAAACAAGCAGAUGUAACACAAUACUGGGGAAAGAAAAAGCUGGUCUGUGAAACCCAUUUCCCCACUUCUGGGUUUCGAUACUGCAUUCUGUAUAAUGUUUGCAGUGCUAAAAAGUGGUACGUAAAUUUUCCGCAGACUGUUUUAUGCAGUGAGCUAAAGUUGAAACCUCUUUAGUAUUUUGUGCAAUACACUCCUGCUGCCCACUUCAGUUUGAUUUCAGAAUGAAGUUCUUGACACUUUGAUUGCCUUAGCUGUUUGCUGAAUUUUUAUUUAUAUAAUUCUUUUGAACCCUUACUGCACAUUGGCAGAGUUUUUAAGUACAAGGAGUAGGGAGACAUUUCAGCAACUGCUGACAGAACUGAGCCUUAACAGAUGCCCAAAGGGCUGAAACAUGCAACUCAUUCCAUUUGCCGUCUUCUAAAAGCCAGGUUAUUUCUGCUACAUCCAGGAAGCUGUCUGAAAUUGUAACUUUUGUUACCAUGUGCCUUGUUACCUGUAUGUUUUGUAAAUAUUGAAACGAUGUGAAUUUAUUUUGAACUUUGCUUGUAUAACAAUCUGCUGCCAUUUUGGUUGACACUGCUGUGAGACUGAAUAGGACCUCUUGACUUCCUUUACAGUAAUAGUUGCAGUGCUUUGGGAGAGUAUUGAGUUUACAAAGGUGGGAGAACUACACUGAAUCGGUAUGCAGUUUUGCAGAGUAAAGUGCUACUUCAAAUUGUUUAACCUGUAUGCAUUGUAGGCCAGUUCCUGAAGGGGAAGGUAUGUCUUUAUAACACAGGGAGCAGUCUUUAUACUUUGUUCAUUCACCUGUUCUAUGCAUUGUCUUUCAAGCCUAAAACUGAGACAACCUUGUUGAUACUUUAAUUGGCUGCUUUGCAAUAAGUUAACUAUGUAUUCAGUGACAUUAAGCAGUAUAUUUUUACUGGUUUUGUUACUUAAUAUUUGGCCUUGUUUUCAAUGUGGGAUUUGAUAUGUGUUCAAUUUGACUGCCUGCUAUAAACACAUUAUGUAUUUCUGAUGCACUUUUGUACAUGAACCUAAAUCUUAAAUUAAUCCAAUUGCUUUAGCUCUUUGGGUAUUGUCAGUGUUAUCCAUCAUUUUAAUGCAGUGAACCAAACCUAGCAACCAUUUGUGAUUCCAAUAACCUUUAGUGCAACAAAGUUAAGAUGUCACCAAGUAAAUCAAAGGUUCCUUGGUCAUCUUUCAGAAUAAGCUGUUGUCUGCAGUGGGUCCCUACUGGUUGGAAAAGAUGGGAAGAAAAUGGAAAAUUAAAUAUUCAUCAGAUACCCUGGAAUCUCAACUGUUUAUAAACAGACAAUGAAAAAUGACCUUUAUCUUAACCAUAUUAAAUAUAUGCCUGAAAGUAGGUGUAGAUAUGCAGAUAACUGAACACAGUGUGGUAAAUGUACAGGUGAGAGAUGAGAACUGAAGGUGUUUGAAAUACUGCCUAUUUGUUCAUUUAUGUAACAGUUCACUUUAAUAGUAUGGAGGGAUCAUUUAUUAAAUAUGUUGUAGUCUGAGCACAGCCCCAUUUGUUUGCAGGGACAGCAUUCACAUUUACAUCCUGAUAAUGACUGAAUGGAACAAAGAAAUUGCAUGUUGACAGCACUUCAGUUCUGUAAACAGUAUUUUGUCACCUUAUCCUUUCAGACUUAUGUAACUCCCACCCCUGUUCCUGCUGACUAUCCUCCAUGUUAUGUCCCACCUAUCCUUUAAAACAGCAUCCCCACGUUUUGUGGUAUUAUAAAUCUGCUUAACUGUUAAAUAGCAAAAGGCAACCUGAAGUUCCCUUAUUUUUUAAGCAUGUCACUUUUGUACAUGAAGUUCGUUUUUAACUGCCUGCCGAUCUUUCUUUGCAUUUAUCAAAGCAAAGAAUACACAGACAGCUCUCAACUCUUAAAUUUUUAUAGAACACUUUUUGUGGAAGUACAGAGUCAAAAUGUUAAAUGAGACCCAGUUAUAUAAUUCAGUGAGAGUUUGUGCUGGGAACAUCUUUUUUGGUACUGCUCCACGAGAAGGGACUGCUGCUGCUUUUCUGUCUGUGGCCUAUUUCCAAAACACAUUGCACUAAGUUUCAUUUUCUUGUCUCUGAUAGGAAAGCUCUCAAAUCCUACAAUAUUAUUUUUCAUUUCUGUCAGCCACUGGUUUGUGGAUUCUUCCCUCAAAGAAGCAUUUUUAUUGAAUUAUCACUUAUGACACGCAAUCGUACAUUUUGUAUAAAUGAAAAACUAUUGACGUUUUAGUAGCAACCAUUGUACGUCACAUAUAUAAUAAUCUGUACAGUCAUUGUCAUUCGACCAUUACAUAGUUCAUUCAAUUCCUGUCUUCCCUUAAACCUUAUUCCUCAAACAUCACUCAGCAUGUGUUGUUCCCACAGUUCCCAUUUUUUCCCAUGUAAUUCACUGCCAUCAAUUUUGUCUGAUUGUCAAGAAUCUUACUGUUAUGAAUCCGUGUUACAGCAGCUCUAUGGAAAGUCUGAGGCUGAGUAAGCCAGCAAGUACCAGGAACCUUUUGGGGUACCUAUCUAGAUGCUCACUUUGUUCUCUCUCCUCACUCCAGUAAGUCCAUGGGUGGUGGAUCUUGAAUUAAAAUACUACAAGAAAUCAAUUCAAAGGUUCGCACUAGAAUUUUUUAAAAUGUGUAUGUGUGUUUUUUUUGUGUUGUCAUUAUACGUGUGAUUAUGUAAUAUGUAAAUUUCACGUUUUCCUCACUGCUUCUUUUCCCCUUUCUAUAACUAUGCUUUUUCUUCACUAUCUUAUCAAACUUCUGCUUUGUGCUCACCCACUACCAACUGUGUGAUCUCACAGCACUUCUGAAGAACUGGACUGUUCUAUUCACACCAUUGAUUUAUAUCGCCAUCAGCGUGGUGGUUCUAGAUAGUCACUUAGUAUGUAUUCUGAGCUGGCAGUGCUGCAACUUUGGAGCUGGACCUCAUGUUGCAUGUAAACACCUGUUCUUUCCUAACUCAGGUUACUGUGUACAGUCAUAUCGACUUUCUCUAGGCCUUAAUCCUUCCUUAACAUUGGAUAGCAGUUCAUCAGUCCUCUGCACCUUGACGAUGUUAUUGUGGCCCAUUUUUUGAUCUUUAGUUGGGUAGUUAUUGUGGAAUGCCAUAUGAUUUUCCUUACUGUCUCAUAAAUGACUGGAUGAGCUUUUUGAAGGUACAUUUAACUCUUAAGGACACCAUCAAAAACCCUUCGCAGAAAAUGAAUUCUAAAUUAGAACAUUUACUUACAUUUCCAUUUUGAAAAUUUAAGCUCACCUGAGGAUAUUUUUGCAUUUUUAUUGGCAGAUCCUUUCCAGGGGAGCAGUGCAAUUCUUCAGAUGUAUACAUUGCCCAAAAGCACGCAUUCUGUCAUAGCUUUACCAUGAAAAAAUAGUCCUGAUUCUAAACUCUGUGUGGCUAAUGUUUUUCAGAAAUCUAGAAAAAUGGCUAUGAUGCAGUUUGUACCUUGUGAGUGUGAGACAUCUGUGCCUUUCACCACUUCUGUGUCUGAGAAUAUCUAGAAGCCUUUUCCAAGUGCUACAUUGUAAACAUUACACCUACCUUUAACUGUCUUUCCAACCACAGUCCAUUGUACUAACCUACUGGUGUCACCACUGCCAAGACGCUGACUACUGUCAGAGGUAUGAGUAGCGAUGAAUCAGUUUUAAUUACAGUGGAUCAAAUUCAUCCCUUCACAUCAGAAUGCAGUACAUCUUGGAUCACUAUAUGCUUCGGAGUAGGAAUACUAGCAUGCAGUGCAGCACAUGCCUAUCUGUUCUCUGGUAGGAAUGCUAGCAUGCAGUGCAGCACAUGCCUAUCUGUUCUCUGGUAGGAAUGCUAGCAUGCAGUGCAGCACAUGCCUAUCUGUUCUCUGGUAGGAAUACUAGCAUGCAGUGCAGCACAUGCUUAAUGUUCUCGGUUAGGAGUGGAAUAGGCAGUGCAUUGUCCCUCUUCUCUCCCACCCACCUCAUGUCGGGAGGAACUGGACCUAAAGUACAUUAUUAUGAAGUGGACUAGAGCCUGCACUGUAUAUAAUGCAUAAGCAACAGUAAUUUAAAGUGACUUGCAGCAGUCUUUUCCUAGAAACCGCAAUCAUGUUUAUUUCUGAGAGCUGAUGCAGGCCAUCUGCUAAUAAAAAUAUUAUUUCUAAGCUGCUACCCAGUCCUGUUCACAUCUUCCUAGGAGGUAGGAGGACCCAUCUUUGGCAGUGCAAGUCUUGAAUAAGUAGAUGUCUGGGUUUCUAACGCACUCUUAAAGGGUUUAGAAAGUAACUGAUAUCCUCUUCCCCCUGUUAAAACACACUGUCUUUUUCACUGAAGACAAACUGAUACUGUUCCUCAGUUCUGUAUUUUGUGCCAUAGUUUUCUAUGGUUCUAGUAUGCUCUUCAUUGACCAGAGUCCUGAACUCCAUUCUUAAAAAAAAAAAAAAAACCUUAACACAACACGCCUACAACCUGCAAAAGUGGAAAGUUUUAGUGAAUUCUGCUGGGCAGACAACUUGUGUGCUCUUGCUUUGGGGGUCUUUGCAUGUUGGAAACAUUGCACAAUAAGAUCUUAGGUUAAAAACGAGCACUUUUCAAAGCAGCUUGGAUUCAGCCUAGUUUAGCACCAGUGUUUUGUGGCUGCCAUGUUUCUGGCUACAUAUUUCAGUCUUGCAUUUUGAAUGCACAAAGUGUUAAGCUGUGUUAUUCCCACUUUGUAUGUCUUGUAGGAAUACAGCAAAAUGUUUGCAAGUAGCUGUGCCCUUGCUAUGAUUCAAGGUUUUGUUUCAACACAAUGAAGUUGUACUUGUCAUAAAUAUUUUGUGAAUUCAAAACUGCUAUAAUGUGAGGGUCUUUGGGAAAACUGGUUAAGUGAGGAUUCCUGUUGCUUCUCUGUGAUUCCUCGUGUGAAUAUAAGCUUUUCUCUGCCAAACAAAAGAAUGGUAAACCUUUGCAGUGAAAUGGCCUGAAUUUAUCUAGCCACCAACUCACCACAGACCCACGAUGUAAAAUUAUCAUUUACCUUUACAGUACACUACAGACCAUCUCUAUAAAAUGGGUAUUGGCUUUCAUUCGUUCUCUGGACUCAAAAUGAACCAGGUUCGGUCAUCGUAUUUUGAUCUUGAUGGGUUAUGUGCCAAAUUGUGACAUCGUUAUCUGUAGAUAACUAUUUCCUGGAGGGAGCUGUCCUUGCAUGCUUGAGUCCCCUCCUAUGUUGAUUUGAAUAACUGUGUGCAGAACACUUCAGAAGUUUGAUUUUAACCAAAAAAGUCUCUGGUAGAUUGAAGCUUAAAAAAGGAAAUGUUUUGUAAUGCAUUGUUUUGUAUACUAGGGUAAAAGUCUGUAAGAAUGGGAAUUAACGUAAACUUCAUAUUUUAGUACAAGAUUUGCUAGUCUUAAUUGUUUACAUCCAUAGGAAGGCAAUUUUUGUGUAACCAGUGCUGUUAGGUCAUGUAUAAUUCUACACUUGAGUGGUUGAUUCAUCAAAUACACAGGAGAUUGUCCUAGUUCGGUCUUGUUACCCUUCUGAAAUGCCUGUCUGUAGACUGAAUGAUCUGCCACUGGUGUAGUUUGAACUUUAUCUUACCAUUCUGUGUAGCAUACCUACUCGGUGCUUAUUUUGUACAGUGUUCCUUAUCUUUUUGCCUCAAGGUUACAUAUUUAAUCCUUCUCUGGGUCAGCUAUGCAACAUCAGGGCUAUUUGCUCUGUGCUGUACCUUACAUGGGGUUGGCGUCAGUGUUUAGGCAUAACUUUUUCAGCCCUUGCUCAUAUGGGCUGAGUAAAAUGGUGGUAGUGCUGCUAAAACAACCUGAAUGGUAUUUGUAAUCAUUGCAAAUAAGAUGUUGCUUUAGGGUUUCUCCACAUAGCUGUAAUCUCAGUACACUGAGGAAUUUUCCCCAAAUGAUGUGUGCAUGUAUGACGCCAUCACCAGUUAGCAGGCUUGUGUAAGCUUCAGGUGUGCACUUUUUUUUUUCUUCUCUGAGGAGUAGAUGGGUAUAUUUCUUUUCUAGCAUCCUGGGCUUGUUCGUCUAUUGGUUGCUCCAGAGACUGUCUGUGUGCUUUUAAUGUGCUGUAAUGAACUAGGCAGGCACUCAAGCUGUGUGCUUAACCUCUACAACAGAAUCUGAAACUGGAAAUGUUCUUUUUAACUAGUGCACGCUGGCUUGAAGUAGCCUUUUGUGAACUUCUGUAGAAAGCCUUGUAUUAUAAAAAGUAUGUAGCAACAUCACCGUGAUGUCUUAACGAUUGACACCAGCACUAGGCAUGUGGCAUCACAAAUUGACCUAAUUCACUGGUUAUAACAAUACAGUAUGUCUGUACACCCACUUUAGAAUUGUACAUUACCUUUUGCACUUUUAUUGUAUUGCAAUAAUAUUCUAAGACCGUCUUAAGCUAUGUUUGCUGUCUUUAAUUCUGUUUCCUGCUGUCAUUUAUUUUUUUAUGUUUUGCUUUUUAGAUUUGUUUUAUUUAUUUUAUUGGGCUUGGAUGAUGUUACUUAUGGGGAUAUGGAUGUGAUUAUCAUCUUUUUUCUCCUUUAAUAAAAAUAAUUUAAUUAAAAUGUG